AUGGUCAGCCCGACUCUACCGGACCCUGAAGGCCACCCGCCUGGAACUUUUCUUCUCACCAGGGUAUCGCAUAAUGAGUCUGGUACCUCUGCGGAAGGAAUUUGCCUACAGCCUCCACCCAUGGACGACCCCAAUGACCCACUGGCAAGUCGUCAAAGCACGCAAAACUGGACUUCGUGGAGGAAAGGCGUCAAUUGGGCGCUUGUGUUUGGCAUAUCGCUAGUCAUCUUUACCUCUCUAUCGAUACAGACCAACUUUUGGGUGCAAAUGUCCGAAGACAUGAACCUCACGUACGAGCAGCUCAACGAUUCCCUGUCUGCGAACGGCGCCGGCUGUGCACUGGGCUGCGUCUUUGUUAUCCCGUUUUCAAUAAAGUACGGACGCAGGUCGACGUAUAUCUUGACCACUGCCGUCCUCGCAGCCGUCACUUGGUGGAGCGCGCGCAUGACUACGCUGACGGAGCUCUACCUGACCAAUCUACUCUCAGGACUUGCUGGUUCGGUCAAUGAGACUGUUGCACAAAUGACGCUUGCAGACUUGUUCUUUGUUCAUCAGCGUGGAACCAUCAAUGCCACUUACUUGACGGCAGUCAUGAUGGGUAGCUUUUUGACCCCCAUGGCUGCCGGCGUGCAAGCCUCCAAUAGCAGUUGGCGGUGGUCCUAUUAUACGCUAGCCAUUUGCCUGACCGUCUUGCUCGUGGUCUUCAUCUUUGGCUACGAGGAGACCAAAUACGUACCCGUCAUCAGUGGAGGUCGACCCAUCGUGACUCCCGCCGUUGUCGCCGAUUCAGAAGGCUCGGCUGUGGGCAAAGACAGUGACUCUCAAAAGGGCAUGGCUCCAGUGUUGCGCACUUCGUCAACCGCUGCCAUCACUUCCAGCGCCAUUCCCAUGAACACGUACCGGGAACGCAUGAGGUGGACCACGACGACGCCAGAGUCGCUGACCAAACUGUUCUACUUUCCACUCUACACCAACGCCUUUCCUCACGUCAUCUUUGCUUCACUUCAGUACGCGUCGGGAGUGUGUUGGCUCGUGGUCAUGGCUUCCAUAUGGUCAACCGUGACGACUGUUCCGCCUUAUAACCUGGAUACGGCCCAUCUGGGCUACCUGAACGUGGGGCCCUUUAUUGGCAACCUCAUUGGAAGCUUCUACGGUGGUGUAGUCAGUGAUUGGUGUGUGCGCUUCUUUUCCAGGAGAAAUCAAGGUUACUAUGAGCCGGAAAUGCGUCUCUACCAUUUACUCCCACCGGCAUUCCUUAUGUCGAUUGGACUUUUCCUCUCGGGCUUUGGCUUGGAACAGUUAUGGAGCCCGACCAUGCUGUCCUUUUCCGGAGGUCUGUUUGCAUUUGGUCUAGGUGCCAUAGGCGAUGCUGCUUUUACUCUUGUGUUGGAUACCUACGAAGCACUGGCUGGUGAGUGUUUUGUGGUGAUUGCCUUUUGGCGAAACAUCAUCGGCAUCGGUAUUCCGUUUGCCGUCACCCCCAUGAUUAACAUUGGGUUGACGAAUUCCGGUAUCAUAAUGGCCGUGAUUUCAUUCGUCAUCAGUAUCUUGUUUAUCCCCAUGAUCAUUUGGGGCAAGAAAUUCAGGACUUCCAAUGGACCACGGUAUUUCCAGCUCAUAGAAGACCAACAGAAGCACUUCAUUGGCGGCCGCCACUGA